GUUCCCUCCUCUUUGCUCUCUCCUCAUCCUCAUCAUCCUCCUCAUCCUCAUCCUCCUCGUGCUUAUUCUUCUGGAACGACGCUGCUGGCAGCAUCCUCCAUCCCCUGACACUUCCUCUUCAUCUCCAUCUCCAUCUACUACUCAUCUCGACUCUUAGACGCAGGCCGUCGACUCCCCUCCGCCUCAUCCAACCCCUGCCCAGACUACCUACGUACACGCUCCCCUCCCCGCCCAUCACGCCCCCCUCACACCUCACCCCAUCCAUCACGCUCCUCCCUCCUCCCUCCUCCCUCCUCGUUGCGAGGCAACACGACAACAUCCAUCUCUUUCUCUUCAUCAUUCUCAGCAUUGCAUACAAGACGCUGCGCGUCCAACACCCUACAACACCCCCCACACCGUGCACUACGCUAGUCGUAGCCUCGUCCACUCUCUCUAUUAGCCUCGUCCAUCACCUCUCCCUCCCCGCGCCAACCCCGGCGACUUCACAUCAUGUCCCUCGUCAUCGCCACCUCCAGUGUCGCCGCCGCCACAGUAUCCCUCAUCAACAACAUCCCCUCCGCCAUCGCCUCCAAUGGCCCCACCCUAGCCUCCCCCGUCGAGGCUGCCCCCCCGGCCGCCUCCUCAAACCUCACCCAGAUCAUCUCACAGCAGAGCAAGGAGCAGCGACUGCUCAGCCGCACCAUGCCAAUCUACCUCAUCAUCGCUUGCGCCGUCAUGCUCGUCAUUGUCAUGCUCUUCGAACACCCACGCUUCCUCGCCCGCUGGUUUGCGAGCAUGCAUCGUCCCCGUACUCCCGCUGCCGAGGAGGCUGCACGCCCCGCAUACGAAUUCGACAUGGCUCAUCAAAAGCGCAUUGAAAACGCAACCGCCAUGCCCCGCGUUGUUGGCGGCGGCGACCUCAACAAGGGCUGGAUUCUGCGUCGUGGACGCGCCAACGCUCCUCCUCCCGUCGCCUCUACCCCGACAAUGGGGACCAACGCCACCAACCCCUUGAAAGCCACCCGCUCGCUUCCCGCUGGCGUGCAGACCGACCGCUCAACGCUCGCUCCUCCUCCUCACAUCGCGCCCAUCACUGCUCGCCUCCCGUGGGCUUCCUUCUUGCAGCGCGAGCCCUUCGCCAACCUUCCUUGGGGCCUGCACACUCGCGCCGACCUCAAGACAAUCAUCGUCGCCGUCGUCUACAUUGUCGCUUGCACCCUCGCGUGUACAUACAAGAGCGUACUUCACCCGCCCAAGGCCAGGGUCUCUGGUUACGGCAGCGACUAUGCACGGACUGGAUCCAUUGCCAUGGGACAAGCCCCUGUCGCUAUCGCCCUCGGCGUACGUGGCAAUGUCAUCGGCCUGCUCCUCGGCAAGGGCUAUAACCAUAUUCGCAUCCUCCACAAGAUCGCUGGACGCAUUGUUUUUGUUGGUUCGAUGCUCCACUCGGUCUUCUUCUUUUACAAGUGGAACUCCAUCGGCAAGCUGGCCGAAAAAUCUGCCACCCCGAUCGGCGUGACUGGUAUCGUUUCUUUUGCUGGUGUCUGUCUCAUCACCGCCACGUCUAUUCCCGUCUUUCGACGCUACAUGUACGGCACCUUCAAGAUUGCGCAUUACAUUGGCAUCCUGCUGUUCCUCGCCGGCCUCGGUGCGCAUGUCAAGCAGGCCGUGCCCUGGGUCGUGGCCAGCGCCGUUCUUUACGUGGCUUCCAUCAUCACGUCCAUGAUCAAGACGCGCGUCGCCCACGCCGAGCUUGUCGCACUCGGCGGAACCUGCACCACUCUCAUCACCAUUCCCGAGGUUACAACUGGAUGGCGUGCGGGCCAGCAUGUCCGCCUCCGCGUGUUUGGUCUCGGUUUCAAGCAGUCGUUUGAGGCACACCCAUUUACCAUCGCUAGUGCUCCUGACUGCGGUGGCGUGGUCCUCAUGGCGAAGGCUGUGGGCGGCUGGACAAAUUCCUUGUACCAGCUCGCCGCGUCGGGCGGCAUCGCAGGUAAGGCACGCGGACUCGAGGCCGGUGUGUGGAAGCAGGGCGCCCGGGUGAUGAUCGAGGGCCCAUACGGCGGUCCAGGCAACACUCUCCCGCUCUCGUUCUCCUCUGUCUGCCUCAUCGCUGGUGGAUCAGGCAUCUCCCAUGCCAUCGGCAUGGCUCAGGACCUUAUCUCCCGUUCGCCUUCGGGUGUCGUUGCCGCCCGCACUGUCGACCUGAUCUGGGUCGUCCGCGUGCAGCAGACUGCCCGCGCCAUAAUGCCAACUCUCAAUGCCCUAGUCGAGCAGGCGCGUGACUGGGAGCGCAAAGCCCUCUCCAUGCGCCGCAGGGGCAACGACAUUUCCAUCCCCACGGCGCUGCGAGUGCACAUCUUCGUCACGCGUGUCCCCGAGUCUUCACCUCUCACGCUUGUCAACGAGAAGCGCAUGAGCAAGUGGGAACGGUCGUCCAAAUUCUUCCCAUCCUCAGUACCCAACUCGGCGCAAGGCCACGGCGACGACGACGAGAUGGAGGACCUCGACGACGACUCGGUCGACCCGCACUCGAACUCGUCGAGCUCGGACGGGCACGCAGACUCGGUCGGCCACGACUCGGACUGGUGUGUGGACCCCAAGCGCGACUUUGAGCACAGCUUCCCUCCCCGGCGUCAGGUAUCCGCGGCCGAGAAGACCAAAGCCGACUGGCUGCAACGCAACCCCUCGAAUGCAGCCAUCGCGCGCCUGCACGAGCGCAUGACGGACUGGACACGCCCGAUGAGCGCGCUCAGCGCAUACCGUGGCCGGCCCGAGUUCAAGACGGUGAUCAACACGAUCGUCGAAGAGACGCUGGGCCGCCACGGGCGUGCCAUCAUCGAGCCGACGGGCGUGUUCGUCACGACCUGCGGGCCCGAGUACAUGGUCACGGACUCGCACGAGGCAGUGCGCACCGUGGAGCCGUGGAAGGCGCGUGCGGCUGGCGGCGUCGAGUUUGAGGGCGAGUUCUUCGGCUUUUGAGUGGGCGCGCAUGCCCGCCCACGCACUGUCGUAUCUGUCGUAUCUGGUCUCUAGUGCAUUUACUCCAUUCUAUACUUUCCUCUGGUCCCUCUGGCAGGGCACAGAGAGCAGCACUGUACCAUAUCACGCAUGUACAUGUACUCGUUCGUUGAG